UUGUGGGUUAGAAAGGUAUCGACUAGAGACAUUUUGGAAGCGUGUAUUCUCUUAAUUUUCGCCAUGGGUAUCCUCGAAAAAAUCGCCGAAAUAGAAAAUGAGAUGGCGCGAACCCAGAAGAACAAGGCAACAGCCCACCAUCUUGGAUUGUUGAAAGCUCGUUUAGCCAAAUUACGGAGGGAACUGAUCACACCAAAGGGCGGAGGGGGAGCAACAGGAGAGGGUUUUGAUGUGGCAAAGACUGGUGAUGCUAGAAUUGGCUUUGUUGGAUUUCCAUCUGUUGGGAAGUCAACUCUUUUAACCACUCUAGCUGGCGUGUACUCCGAAGUGGCUGCUUAUGAAUUCACCACCCUUACCACUGUUCCUGGUGUGAUUCGGUAUAAAGGAGCUAAAAUUCAACUCCUCGAUUUGCCAGGGAUUAUUGAGGGAGCUAAAGAUGGCAAAGGAAGGGGUCGUCAAGUUAUUGCAGUUGCCAGGACAUGCAGCCUAAUUUUUAUUGUACUAGAUGUGCUAAAGCCUUUAGGACACAAGCGACUCAUUGAGCAUGAAUUGGAAGGAUUUGGUAUAAGGCUUAAUAAGGAACCACCAAACAUAACAUUCAGAAAGAAAGAAAAGGGUGGAAUCAACCUCCAAACCACAUGCACUCAGUCUGAGCUGGACAUUGAUUCUGUGAGAUCCAUCUUGAGUGAAUACCGCAUUGCUAAUGCUGACAUAACCCUAAGAUAUGAUGCCAAUGCAGAUGAUCUCAUUGAUGUAAUAGAAGGAAACAGGGUUUACAUUCCUUGCAUCUAUAUUCUGAACAAAAUUGAUCAAAUUUCAAUAGAGGAAUUAGAUUUGAUAUACCGCAUUCCACAUGCAGUUCCAUUAUCAGCUCACCAUAAGUGGAACUUUGAUGAUUUGCUAGAAAAAACUUGGGAAUACCUCAGUCUUAUAAGGAUAUACACAAAGCCCAAAGGUCAGCUACCAGAUUAUGAAAGCCCAGUGGUGCUGAAAAAUGGACAGUCAUCUAUUGAAGACUUCUGUAACAAUUUACACAAGAGUAUCAUGAAAGAAUUCAAACAUGCAUUAGUUUGGGGCUCCUCUGUGAAAUUUAGCCCACAGAAAGUUGGUAAAGAGCAUAUAUUGCAUGAUGAAGAUGUUGUCCAAAUAGUAAAAAAAGUGUAGUUUAUGGCAUACAAAUCCUAAGAGGGACUAUUUGACUUUUCGUGAACUGACCUGACAUGAGGAAAGAACUUCCUGAUACCAUCACUUUAGACAGAUAUAAUUAUUUUAGACAGAGUUGAAAUAUUUGUCUCUAGUGACAGAAUAAAUAAACCAACAGAAGUUUAACUGGUGAUAUUGAUAUUAAAUGAAACUUACUGGUAACUUUCCAUUUGUUUCUGUUCACUAUAAUCAGUCUUCCCUUACAGACACUGCUCCAAGCUGCAACUGUUUUGGGUUGCAUGGGGAGAAAAAAAAAUUUGGUCACCAGUGUUAAGUGGAGCAAAGAAAAAUGAGAUGAACAUCUUUAUUAAAUGUAGCUGAAGAUCUGAUGUUGUCUUUAAUAAAUUAAUGUUCAUGGUUGACCUUGA